UUUCUGAUGAAAUGCUAAAAAUGAGGUAAGCUCAUAAGUGAUUUCUGAUUUUAGGUCUUAAGAUCCAAAGUCUAAGGUGAUACACCAAGCUAGCUGUUCGUGUCAGUGUGUUAAUGACCCAAAGAUAGCUGCCAGUAGUUGCAUAAUGUCACUUUCAUCUCUUCCUGGGUAUCAGGCUGCGUAAACACAUUAUCAUUCAAACCCUGGCUCUGCCCCGACUCUCUGCCCUGCCAUGACUUUCCAAUGGUGUGGUUGUGGAACGCAGUUUAAACAGUAACCCAAGCCAGAACAAACCCAGGAGCUAAAAAUAUCCAGAGUCAACAGUGUGGCUGCUGUGGGAUUGAGACAGGGGGCAUGGGUGGGUCUUUACAUGGGGGUUAGACAAGCUUGCAACGGGCAGACAGGAUGGACAGCUGGGGUUACUGACGCAGUGAGACUUAGAACCGUCGACUAAGAGAAAAUACAACCAAAAAACGGAAGAAACAACAUCCUCACAAACCUGUUUGGAUACUGAAUCUAAGAGGAGAGAGCUAGAAUAAUCCCCAUCUUGUGUUUCUCUGCCUGUUCCCCUCUUCUGACUUUCUACCAACCGGACAGGGAGGUGAUGAACUUUGCUCUGGGCUUCAAGCCUCCACCAGCAGGCAGUCCUGGGCCCGGUGCUGGAAGAGGAGCCACCAUGGAGAACCUGGAGAAGCAGCUGAUCUGCCCCGUCUGCCUUGAAUUGUUCUCCAAGCCUGUGGUCAUCCUGCCCUGCCAACACAACCUCUGCCGCAAGUGUGCCAACGACAUCUUCCAGGUAGAUCUCAGUCACUCUGACACUUUUAAAUUUCACCUUUUUGAAUACCAACAAUGUUCAGGUUUGCACUGAGGUGGUGUUUCAAUUAAUCUGAGCACAAAUCUCUCUUUUCUAAGUCAAAUAGCCAUCCUUGAAAGGUUAUUCUGAAAUUUUGAAACCUGAGUCUCUCCUGCUGCUGUUGGAGUCUCUGACCAGUCUUCUACACUAACAAAAAAGUAAUCCCCAUACUGUUAUCGUAGACAAAAACUAGCCUUAAUGUUUUGGAAACAAAAGCCGGACCCCUCUUUUGUUGAAAUGUGGAGGAAAGAAAUCCUUAUUGUCAUUAACUUGGAAAGAAUUUGGCUCCUAAUCUUAAAUAAUCUUGGGUACUUAAAUCAAGACUCGGUUUCCUUCUCCUCAGUACAUUAAGCAGAACUGGAAGUCACUUUUGCUCAAACCUACAGCAUCCAAACUGCCUCAAGAUUAAAACCCCUGAAAACAUUUAUAACAUAACUUAUCAAAUGUAAUUAUUGACACAGAUGUCUUCUUAUCUGAUAUAAUGACUAAUAUUUCCUUAUUGCAACAGGAAAGAAGACAACAGAGGGUACCAGUCAUCAAAUUUAAAUGGAUAAAAUUUGUGCCUCUUCAUAUUUCCAUCCUCUCUUUCUCCAGUCAUCGAACCCUCUGUGGCAGUCCCGUGGCUCCUCCAGCAUCACUGCAAGUGGUGGGCGGUUUCGCUGUCCAUCAUGCCGCCAUGAAGUCGUCCUGGACCGCCAUGGGGUCUACGGUCUGCAGAGGAACCUGCUGGUGGAGAAUAUCAUAGACCUGUACAGACAACAGGAGUCCUCAGGGUGAGUAGACAGCAAGAGUACCAUGUGAAUAUUUUAUUUAUUAUAUUACCUAUCAGAAAAAAGGAGCAAGAAAUAUGUCACAUUUCCAAACUGGCCCUGCAGGGAUGUCUUUAUUUAGAGUCUGGUGUCAGUCUUUAUGCAUGUUGUUGUAAUCAUGGGUUAUAACCAACAGAGGGCGUCAUUGUACCCAAAGUGUUUAAUUGUCAAACCUCAGGUCUCUGACUUAGUUUAAGCUGUCCUGCAAAGCUGAUCCUCCUGUAAUGUAAUAACGCUGAAGAUGUGCUGUGAAUGUAAAAGUAAGGUUACUAAUCCACUGAAUAAUCAUACUUUCAAUACAAUUAACCACCAAGCAAGGAUGAUACAAAUUCAGAAUUCAGAAUGAAUUACAACAGAUUACAAAUGAGGACUAUCUAGAAAUUCAGUGAUAAUCUGAGAUUAAUGAUUACAUGAUUAGAUAGGGUAGCUAAACUGGAGGACAGAGGAUUAAUGUAGCUGGAACUAGAGGUGGGGGUUGGGGCUGGGGGGUUAAUGACAAUAACUUGAAAUGUGGAGAAAAAAAGUUUCAGACAUCUGAUUCUUGAUUUCAGUCUGACAGGACAGAAUAUGAGACACAUCAGUGGUGUCAGGUUCAAAGAAAGGAUAGAGCUGGGUGUUAUCUGCAUAGCAGUGAAAGUCUAUGUGCCUACACAGGAUUUGCCCCAGAGGAGAGCAUGCACCCAUACAGUGAAUGAAAGGGGACCCAAGAUAGACCCCUGGGGAACUUCACAUGAGAAAAGAGGCAUUUCCGAGCACCAGAGAAAAAAAGACAAAUAUUAUUCAAUAAAACAUGAAGCAUUAAAAAAAAUACACACAACUCUCUCAGAUAAACACAAAACGUAUUUUAGAAAACACAAACAAUUUUUGAAACCAUGUAAAUUUUUGGAAUAUCUCAGUUAAAAAAGAAAUUUUGGAAAACAAAUAAAUUUUUAAAUAUUUUCUGUUCUCAAAAUUUUUGUUUUCAAAAAUUUUGUUUCAAAGGUCAUAGAUGUUUUUCUAAUAUAUUCGUUUUUCAAGAUAUAACAUGUUUUUAUUUAGAAUGUUUUUAUUUCAUCUUAUUAUUCUAUGUAUAUUAUUUUGUGUCUUGUGAAAUGUUUUCAGAUAGUUUUGAGUGGAAAUAAAUGUUUUUGUGUUUUAUUAAAAAUUGAUUCAUUAUACAGUAUAUGCUAUAGACUGUCAUGGCUAAUAACUCCUGGUUUACCUUUUAUUCUCCCCAGUUAGUGUUUUAUCAGUCCAAUGAGGCUGUAAAACCCAGAUUGUUUUCUAAAGUCUGUUAAGUGUGUAAAAACGUAAGAAGCUUCUUCUGCCCAUCUGUCUGUUUUAAAAGUUUACACACUCAUUAUAACUGAUAUUUAAGUCAUCCUCAGAGCAGAUUUGUCACUUUUCACUCCAAAAUAGAUGCUCAGUGAGUCACAUGUGAAGAAGGGAGAAGUUGGCGUUCAUUAGAGACAGAAGAAAAGGACAGGGCUCCCCUUAUUAUCUGUGUGGGCUAAAGUUAUUAAAUAGACGUGAUUGUUCGCAGUGAACCUCCCAAAUGUUUUAUAACUUGUAGUUUCUCAUCUUUUUUUAACGUGUGCAAGGAUUUCUUCUUACUUAAUCAUCAGAGACACCUACGUCAGAGGACAAAGGACCAUGGGUUGCAUAAUUGCUUGUUUCGAUUUUUGCUGCUUUUCAGGAUCUCCGUGCCAGUGCUAAUGCCUCCCCUGUCCAAGCUGCCCACAUGCACCACUGUGACUCCCAUGUGAGGUCUUUUGAGGCAAACAUGGUGGGCAGUGGCGUGUUAAUAUUACUGAUUUUUCCUGCCUUUUUGAUUGUUGAUUGUUUUGCGUUGAAAGGGUAAUAGUAGUUGCACAUUUGCAUUUACAAAUUAGAAAAAAUAUACUUACGAUUAAUUUAAUUACAACUUUUGGAUCUAUAUUUUUGGAUUGUGAAUGAGUCUGAGCUUUACUAGUGACACCCCUGAGUGGGAAAAACAGAGAUGUCACAGCCAAAGUCUUUUCUUUGUCAUCCAUUGACGUCAAAAUUCAUCAUCAACAACAGAAGAAGAAGAAACCAUUUAAACUAUGCAGACAGUGUCGCCGAGUCGAGUGAGCAGCUGGUGCCUGGAAAUCAAAUAGAAUAUUGAUCAAAUCAUCCCCUGAGAGCAUUUUAAGUAUGUUAUGCAUGGGUUAAAAGAUUGGUUGUUGCAAAGACAUCGCGUUUUUGAGUUUUACUUCAUAAAUAUCUUAACUUUGGAUUUUUUUGUUGGCUCGUUUUGCAGUUAGAUGAUGCAGCUUCUUUCAUGAAUUUAAAGCAAGAGUUUGGUGUCCUCAACUGACCUCACGAGACACUUCAUUGCAUUUGUCUGCCCCUCACAGUAGCUGAAAUGUUAACUUUGAAAGGAGAAAGUAAGCUACGCCUCCAAUGCUGCAAACUCAUAACCUUUUCGCUUUUGCUGUCACUCACAGCGCAUUCAAUGACACAAGUUUAAGUUUAAAAAAAUGAGCUAUCCAUGUACCACAUAUUUCACAAACUUCAGGGGUUGCUGUGUUUAUGGUACUAUUAUAACCAUAGCCAAAAUAUCAUUCAUUUGUCAGUCGACUCCUGUAUUUAGUUUCCAUAUUAUAGAAUACCUCCUGAAGUUGAGAUGUUGACAUGAGAUGCUGUAUUUGCUCUGAUUUUUCACUGGAGGAUGCAAAAGCUGAAGGAAGUAUGAAGGCAAGUCUGUGCAUAUAUUCAAGGGAAAAAGAAGUUACUUCCUUCUCAGACAGACGCAUAGGAAAGUACGAGACACUUCAAGUCUUACCAACAUAAAUUUGCAGGAUCAGCAGCUUGUCUUGUUGCUGGUGUUAAAUCCAUACUUAGUAAUCCAUCUUUAUAUUUUUAUCUUCCAGGCUUGUAAGCAUAAAGCCGGGGCAGCAGCAGCAGCAGCAUCUGACAUGUGAGGACCAUGAAGAAGAGAAGAUCAAUAUCUACUGCCUGUCCUGUCAGACGCCGACCUGCUCCAUGUGCAAAGUGUUCGGGAAACACAAAGACUGUGAAGUGGCACCGCUCAGCACCGUCUACACCAGUCAAAAGGUGAAAAAAAAGACAUACAAGUUUAAUUCUUAAGUUACCAAAGUGUUACUGUAACCAACAGCAAUAAAUUCACUGCUGUCCAAAAGGUAGCCUGGAGGUGACAGAACUGGUCAAUGGUCACCUUAAACUUGAGCAUUUCAUUUGCUUAGAUGAAGUCAUGGGGCUCUAUUUUCGUGCGCGCUGGUGAGGCGGCGGAGGGCGGCGAGUCCCGCGCAGUUGUAUUUUCGUCCCAGCGUAAGGCCAGUUUGGUAUUUUCGUGGCAUGAGCCGCACGGAGGCGAGCCGAGAUCCGCCAAGCUGGGCGUGGUGGCGUGGCAGGGGGAGGUGUCGACUGAAUCAGCAGGCGCAGUGACAUUUUCGUGCUCGCCAACGGCGUGUAAAGUGCGCUGAAAGCUCGCCGAUUCAAACCUGGUCAGCUUUCAGCGCAAGGCGGAACGCAGCCGGUCUUGUAGUAUUUUGGUAGACCGGCGGCAUAUCGACAUACGUCACUGAUGCCUCACCGGCAGGUUUCCACAGUGUCAGGCACAUUUCAGUGCAAUAAAUAAUCAUCAUCAACUAUUAAUCUGAGUCAGCACAUACAUUUAGAUCUAUAUCGAUAUAUUCUGAUCUAUAUCUGAUCUGAUGAGCGCGUUUGGCACGCGUUUGGACACACAACCUGACCGAAUCAACACAGCUGAAACCGCAUCAAAUUAAAUUAAAUAUCUAGUAAAUAAACACACAUGAUGAAGUUAACAAGAUAUUUAAUUCGUCUCCCUCCUUUUCUUUCUUCCUCUUCCUCUUAUUUCUCGCACAGCUCGACCUGGACACGUCUCCGUGUCCUCUGUCCAUCUUGCUGCUGCUGCGGCUGAACAGAUGAUUUGUUUCAAUGCUCAGAUGCGUUAUCUACUUUAAGCCGACAUACGGAUAUUAUAAUAUUCAGUUUUGUGAGUCAGAUUUAUUUUAUAUGCCAACAUCUAUGAAAGAAAGAGCCAGGCCACGGAGCGCGAUGCGUCAUUUACGCACAGAUGGUUCCGAUUUUAAUGCCUUUUUGGAGUUUAUGUUGUGAUCUGUGCGCUAAACCCACCUUUGUCACGUGAGGUUUGAAUAUGAGCAACUUUAUGUGAGUGUCUUUAUUUGUGGAAACGGGUGUUUGUCUUACCAGUGGGUCCAACAUUACGCACACUAAAUCCAUCUGUGCUCAUAUGAGAGAGUGUGGAGGACACUUGUUGAGGAGCUGCCCUCUGUCGCCAUCUUGUGGCAUUACUGUCUUAAGACAUCUCUUGAUCUCUUUGACUACUCCAUGAAAAUAGUAAUACGCCUCGCCUGUGGCGGAUUUAAAGGCAAGGAGAGGAGCCUAUGUGAUUGGUGAAAACAGGUCUCGGCUGUGUUAAACCAACUACACGCCCUUUCUCCUCCCCAUCUACGACUUAUGGUGCUGGGAGGAGCUGAGUUAGGGAGGGGGGAUACUUACGCUAGGCUGCGCGGCUCACCAAAAUACCAAAAUGUGCUUGGGAACGCCUUGUCAGCGCGGCGGAUCUGACUGACGCUGCGCUUGCGGCACGUCUCCGGCGAGGCACCAAAAUAGAGCCCAUGGAGUUUCCAAAACUUUCCUCUGGUCUGGUCAAUCAGAAUUUGACAUUUAUCUUGGAAAUCAUGGAUGCAAAUUCCUUCACUUCUUAGACGAGAGAGACCACCUAACUUAAUUGUUAUUAGUACACAUGUCAAAGCCAGCAUCCCUGAUGGUACGGAGAUCAUGGCAGGAGUAGCUUACACACCUGAGAAGGCAAUAUCUACAGGUUUAGGAGCCCUGACCCUAACCCUAACCCCAACUCUUUUUCAGGGAAGACCUUAAUAUUUCAGCUAGACAAUGACAAACCAUAUUCUGCAGGGAUUACAACAACAUGGCUCUGUAGGAGAAGAGUCCUGCUGAGAAACUGGCCUCCCUGCUGUCCAGACUUGUUACUGAGUUGUUGGCAAAUCAUGAAACAAAACACAACAAAGGAAAACCUGAGCUGUUGAGCAGCUGGGAUCCAAUAUCAGGCAAAAUGGGACAACAUUUCACUUUGCAAAGUCCUUGGUUCACAAACAUUUACAGAGUUAGAAACGGUGCAACAGAAUGGUAUAUAUGAGUCAAAUCUAAGCGUCUAAUCUCUCACCUAAAAACUGGAUUAACACUUUAAUUUUUUUACACAUGUGGACACAGAAAGUCCUGUAAAGAGUGCCACAGUUUUGUCAUGCAGGUUGCGGCGGCAGUUUGUUAUUGAGCAGUUGGCUUUGUUGACAUUUCAGCACCAGCCUCUCCAUCUCUCACUCUGUCUCUGAUUCACUCAUCUGAAAUUCAGAUGAGGUCCAGGAAAGUUGUUGAUCCUCCAUCUUUGUGAAAAGGUUAACCUGAAAAAUGGAGUUGGUUUAUUUUGGAGUUGUAGAGGUGAUGAUUUUGUUAGACUGAUAACACUUUAAAUUACACUUGAACAAAAGCUGUGACAAACUCUAAUUAAGGAACAUGAUGUCAUGAGAUACUCUGAGUCAUGUCAUUGUUCUUUAGGUGAUAAAACUGACUCAGUGGACAGUGCCCACAGUGUAAUGGUGCAAGGUUGUCAUCAUUUGUGGGUAAAGCUAUAUUUUGUCUCAGUAAUACCAACACUAUAUUUAACUAGAAGGAAAUGGAAGUCAACAAAACACCAACACGUAGAGGAGGUGACGGUGCAGCGGUACUCUAAACUUGGCUGCAGUUGUACGAGACAUUUAAAAACCUGGUGAUGUAAUCUAAUUAAAUCAAAGCAAGCCAAAUACACAUAAUAAACUGAUCAAGAGAAACUAUGUACAAAUAAUGCUCAGAACAGCACCUAACUUUAUCAACAGUACAUAUGGGGUUUCAGCCAUAGUACUAACCACCAAACAUCUUUUUAACUUUGCCUGAUUUCUUUAGCAAAGAGACUAAACACAACUCACCUACUCUCUUCCAGCAGCCGCUUGUUCGUAGCGAGACCUCAGACUAGUCCAUUACUGACUGCAGCGGGGUGACGCAGCUCAAGGAAGAACAUUUAUGAUAAUUUCUUUAUCAUUUCCUUGAAGUAAUAAUCCCCAUAUUAAUCAUUUUGCACUGCAGACGCGGUAGUUCUUCUGCCUUAGUGUCUCAGUCUGAUUGUAUUUCCAUGAAGAAAUGAUCAUAAAUGUUCUUCCUUGAGCUGCGUCACCCCCCUAUAGUCCGUAAUGGACUCGCUCGAGGUCUCGCUACAAACAAGCAACUGCUGGAAGAGAGUAGGUGAGUUGUGUUUAGUCUCUUUGCUAAAGAAAUUAUGCAAAGCUAAAAAGAUGUUUGGUGGCCAGUGCUAUGUAUAUGUACUGUUGAUGAAGUUAGGUGCUGUUCUGAGCAUUAUUUGUGGCUAUAGAGUGGCGUUUUGGUUGUUGUUUGUGUUUGGCUCCUCAGACUACUGUGUAUUGCUUUCCGCAGUCUGACUAAAGUAGAUAUAAGUAGAGAAGCAAGCAGUCGGCAACAUUCAUCUCUUGAGGGGGUGUCUAACUCGAUGUUGCAGUGUGUUUGACCAUAAAUUAAUUUUAUGCCAUAAUAUCCCUUUAAAAAGGGCAUGUUUGUUGUUUUAAUAAAGAAACACAACUUUGCACCUCUUUGAACUGGCAGAUAAAUUCACAACAACAGCAAUGGCUGGUGGUGCGAGCUCUGCAAGUGUUCGCCAAAGAAAUUCGUCAUAAUUCACCUGCAGACUCUGUAAACUCUUGAAGCCCUUUUAAAUCAAUUCAGCUCAAUUUUCACUCUUUUCUGUAUUUUCUUGCCUUCAUAUAGAACAGUCACACAAACAUUAACUUUCUGUAUAAAUGACUAAGACAUUAGUCAUUGCAAAACAUUCCUAAUUUUAGCCACAAGUGAACUGUUUAUGAGUCAUUUAUUGAUGAAUUGAUAACUCUCCUUUCUUUUUCAGACCAUAUAAAGCAACAUAACAGUAUGAGUGAAAACCUUGUUUCCAAAGUAAGUUCAUUAAUGUGAUGUUGUGUUGUGUUGUGAUGGUCUACAGACAGAGCUGAGCGACGGCAUAGCGACCUUGGUUGCAACAAACGACCACAUCCAGGCAGUGAUCUCUCAGAUGGAGGACACCUGUUGCACUAUAGAGGUAACACACAACCAUUAUAGAUAUAAAUAUACAGCUUAUAGAUAUAGAUAGUUUGAAGUCCAAUAAAACCAAUACAGUUGCGUCUAUGUGUUAAUGUUCUGCAAUGUAAAAGUAAAGAGUCUGACCUCCCCUCUUAAGGAGAAUGGACAGCAGGUGAGGGAACACCUUGCUGACAGUUUCGACGGUCUGGUGGCCAUCUUGGAGGAGAGGAAGCAGGAGCUGGUGGGGCUUAUCACCAAAGAGCAGGACGAUAAACUCAAAUAUGUGCGGUCUUUGAUUCAUCGGCACAGUGACGACCUGGAGGCUGCAGUGACGCUGGUGGAGUCAGCAAUUCAGUCAAUGGAAGAGCCUCACAUGCCUCUCUUUAUACAGGUGAGUCGAUCAGGGGUCACCAGCAGGUGGGUUACACAGUGACAACAGCGUCUUUAGUAUUUCCUGCAGAAUUUGAAGGAUUUGACUGAACCACAUGAUCUGAAAUUGUCCAAGCAGCAGGUGCUAAGUUUUGCUGAAACAUAUUUGGUGUAAAAAUGUUUAUAUUAGGACCUUAAAGCUGCGGUCAAAGUCUAAUAAAUUUCAUGCUACAGGAUUCAUACUGCAGGUUAAUCCAUGUUUAAUAUCAUGUGAUGGAGCUCUACCUCCUACUAUACCCCCCAGAGGACAGCCUGAUCUCUGGACCUGCAUACAUCAACACAGUAUCUUGACAUACAAACACAUGAUUAAUUCACACAGUGGGUCACCUUGAUCACCUGAUUGAUCCCUUUUUGUCAUAAUUUGAUGGAAAAAAAAAACAUGCACACACACUUCCUGUCCACUCACCUCAUGAUCUCAUAAUCCAGAUUUUUAGAAUUUGAUCCAGUUAAAGUUGUUGGAUUGUAUAAAAUCUUGAGAUCAGGUUGUUUUGAUGAAGUAGUUUGUCUUAGUUGUUUGCCUAACUCCAGACAAGUACAUGAAUUUCAGUUUAAGAAUAAAACUGAGAUGCGGGGUACAGGGUUUGACUUUUGCAGGAAGUUUCCACGUCAUGCUCGGCUGACUCACCCUGCAACUUUGGUGCUUCACUAAAUUUUAAAUUACAUCACAUUUCACAUCCUGGAAACUCAUUUUAGUUUUUACUUUACUGGAUUUACUCCGACAAAUUCAGAUCCACAGAGCUGCUGCACACUGUGAUGAAAACAAACAGCAGGGUUGCAUCACACAGGUCGGGAUAGUGAACUUUUUUAAAGGAGUUUUCAUACCUCCGAACUCUUCAGCUCUUCAAAAACCAUAUCUGCUUACAUUCAGUCUCUAAUGACACCAAACUUGAUUUAUCAUUUUUGUAAAAGUUAAAGUCAAAUGAUCCAUAUUUGUGUUUUUAUGUUGCUACAAUCUCUAAAUUAACUGUUCUCUUAAUCAGAGAAUCACGGGUUUACAAUUCUGUGAAUCUUUGAGUUUUUCGAGCCAACUGUCUCACACCUGAUCCUGAGUUUGUUUGUGCUCCUGACACUCUGAAGAUAUCAGUGAUAACCAUCUGAAAUUACUGUGGAUAUGUCCAGAUCUUCUGAAAACAGCUGAAAUUGACUCAUUAUCCUAAAAAAUAAAAUGUAUGGAUGCUGUAUGGAUGUUUUUGUAUCGGAGUCAAAUAAAUUUAUUUCAAAUGUAAAACUCUGGAUUUGUGUCCAGAUAAAUCAAGUAGGUUAAAGAUGAAGAAUCAGCUCUUUUUAUUGACCACAAAUGGCAUUUCUUAGUUAAAAGAAGGGAUGGAAAAUGUUUCUUUAGCUGCAGCUUUAUUUUUUAUUUUCAAUUCACAAAAUAAAUUUCCUGAAAACUUUUUUUCUGGUGGAUUUUUGCCUUACUCGGACGACAAUAAUUAAAAGUCUUUUAAUAACAGCGGCUGAUACUUUGGUUAUUCUUGAACGGAAAAUAAGUUUUGACAUAUCUGACGGUUGAAGACAGAAAAUAUAAAAAGUCAUUUAAAGGCUCAGCGUCAAUAGUUUUCAACCACUAGAAGGCUCUUGAUUAAAAGAGAGUCAUUUGUUAAACUUCAAACUACUGUUUGGGUAAAUGACAGACUGAAUAAAAUAUGGUUAUAAAAAAGAGGUCACAGAGCACAAAGAUGAUAAAAAAGCUGACUCCAGUGAACUUCUGCUAAUCUAAAAACAGUAAAAUAUAACUAUUGAACUCAACAGCAGAAGUUUGAGGGUCCAGCUCCAGCUCUGUCCCACUCAUCCCUAAAGAAACAAGCCGGUGUUACUAAAUUCAGCCUCCAUAACGCUGAUGCAACAUGUCUGCGUCAAUGCAUCUUAACUGAGAAGUGUGUGUGUUCGACUAAAGUGUGAGUCUCAAGUGUAACUUUUUAAUAUUAAAGUCACUUUCUCCCCUGAAGCAGGUGUUAAACUGGAUUAAGCUAUUGAAAGCCAGUAGUUUACACCAUGAGGCCUUUCUGGCAGCUGAGAGUGUGUCUUAAAAUCGUGUUUUUGUAUCACACGCUGGAGUAUCUGACAAACAGUUCAGACAGAUGUCGCUGGCACAGAGAGGUGAAGCACAAUGUGAUUAGUUUAGUCUCUCUCCUUCUUUCUGUUUCUUCUCUCUCUUUCUCUCUCACAGAGCGCCCAAGUCAUCCUGGAAAAGUAAGUCAGAUGUUUGUGGUGAAGCUCUGAUCCUGCAUGCAGUGAUGUGGUCAGAUUGUAUGAAUUUACCUUGAAAAACCUUUUUAAGGUGAAGGGAAAAUUCAAUUUUGUUUUAUUCAAUUUUAAUUUUACCAGAAUAAAAAUUGAAUAAAGCGUGUGUUGUGCUGCAUUUUGUGCUGAGAGCCCUCAUCUCUGUGACAUUUGGUCAGUUUGUACACAUACAUUAUGUAGCAGCUGAUCCACCAGGUGCACAGACAUCGAUAACCCAAACAAACCUGCUCUGAAUGCUGCCGUCACUGCUCGGCCACAUGGGGGCAAGAAGAGACCCCUGAGUGAGUGAGUGUGUGACUGUUUGCAGAUGGAUCAAGCUAAUGUUGGCCGUUAUUUAAACACCACAUCGAUAACCCCAAAAACAGAGGAUUUCCUCAUUAAAUAUUUACUUUUCAAAGUGUCACUACAACUCAAGACGGAUAAGGACUCAAGGAUAUUUGAGUAUUUUAAUGUUAUUCCACUUUCUUAUUUCUUUCAAUUGAUUCAUGCUAAAAUGUUGAAUGUCUGCACUAAACCGGGAAAAAGUAUCAUAACAUUAGAUGCAUAGAUUGGAGGUGAAACCUGAUGUCAUGUUUUGUGAACAAAGGCCAUUUGAGCAACUUAUACUGAACCUCGGGCUUUUCCUUCAAUUAAGAUCUCUAAAAACGCUCAGAACCAUGAGCUACAAGUUCAAUUAUAAUUGCAGGUCAUGUAAUGAUAGCUAGCAUAGUCAAACACUGUUGAGUAGAGAGCUAAGUGGGUGAUAACAACUAGCAUCAGACUUUUUAUGGAAACGCAUAACUUGCAGGUCACUUAGUGACUCAUUUACUGUGUAAAAAGUAACACCCACUAGCUGUGUCUAACUCUAAUUCUAGUGGAAAAGCAGAUGAAAUGAGGCAGAGGCUGAAAAGGGUUUGAAUGGGGGUUUUUGUGGAUACCAUAAGGGUAAAUAACAGGUUUUCUGAGCUAAGUAUAAGACAAAAGGUGGAAAUUGGUGUAAUAGGUCCCCUUGAGAAAUGUUGCCUUGUACCACCAUAUCAACCCAAUUAACUGUUUUGACAGAAUGGCAGCUUCAGCCCAAGUUUCACACAUGGAGCGUCCAGAGCUCGGGUUUGAGAGCAUGAACCACUUCACCAUCGACACAGACGACCUCGCUGUCAUGCUGAUGAACAUCGACUUCUGCUCUGGUAUGCACAUCAGAACAAAAUGAAAGUGAAGAGUUCUCAAACUUUAAAGGUAGAGCUCAGAGAGAUGAUUUGGUACCUAAAACAAUUUUGACUUGUGGUUUUCUAAGUAAAAAACACAUAACAUUAAAAUUAAAGUAAAAUAAAAAUCACUGUGAGUAUCCUCAAAAUAACAGGUGUUCAUAUGCUCUGUUGUUAAGUUAUAAAACGAGACAGUGUGUGAGUGUGUGCUGGUUUGAUAAAAAGGACCAAUGUCCAAUUGGUGAUCGAGCAGUACCCACAGAGUUUAAGGUGAAAGCAGAGCUUUUGGAGCUAACUCGAGUUCAUUUGCUCUGUAUAUGUGUGUGUGUGUGUGUGUGUGUGUGUGUGUGUGUGUGUGUGUGUGUGUGUGUGUUUGUGUGUGUGCGUGCGUGCGUGCGUGCGUGCGUGCGUGUGUGUUUGUACACAGUAUUUAUGAUAAUGUGGGGACUCACCCAACUUGAGUACAAAUAGGUCCUCCAAAAUAAAAGGUCAAGUUAUUGUUUUCUUAACCAAGUUUGUGUACUCUCUCUCUCUCUCUCUCUCUCUCUCUCUCUCUCUCUAUCUGUGUGUGUGUGUGUGUGUGCGUGCGUGCGUGCGUGCUUCAACAUGUAGCAGAUGACGACGAAGAUGAUGCUGAAAAGGGUGAAGAGGACUCAGAACCUGACCCCAAAUUUUAAGACCAAAGGAGAGGUAUUUGUUGUUUUGUAACUUCAAAUUAAUGAUUCGAUUUUAACAUAACAGGGACAGGGAGUCCUAGUGUUUGUUCAUGUCCUGAACUCCUCUCUGACACUUAUUGAUUAUUUGAAAUGGAUUUUGCUCAGCAGAGGCUUUGUGGUGUGUUUGAUUUAGCUUCAGAAAGUAGUGGUGCAACGGAUCAUCAUUGAUCCGUGAUCCGUUCGGAUCGACGUAUUCGGUUCGGCACACAUGUGAUCCGCGGAUCGAUUUCUGAAAGCGGAGAAAGGAGGAGCUCGAACGCCCCGCGACACUUAAAUCCCCUGUAUGGGAGCAUUUUGGCCUCCCUGUCAAUUAUGACGAAGAAGGAAAGAGGUCAGUGUACAAAACUGCGACGGAGUGUAGGCACUGUGGCAUAAGAAAGCCAUAUGACAGUGGAAACACAUCGAGCAUGUUCACGCAUUUGAAGCGACAUCACCCGGGUGUUUUACAGACAGGUGUUGUGCCGUAGAUUGCACCCCUGCCGUAGAACGCACCCCUGCAUCCCCUCCACUAGUUAGCUUCUUAAAGUGGAGAUAAUGAUCUCAUAUUUGAUAUGAAUAGCCUGAAUGAAAUUAUUAAAGGCAAACGCUGUUGAAUACACCCAACGUAAGGAAAACUUGUAUUAUUUCGCCUUGUUAUGUACUUUCAACCGCGCUCCCGUUAGGGGGUGCACUAUACGGCAGGGGUGCGUUCUUUGGCAUGACACCUGAGAUAAAACGAAAGCCCUAACAACCGCUCAUCACCGCAGCAUUUAAGCAGCCUCUUCCUGCGCAAUCCGACCAGGCUAAAGCCUUCACAAACUCUAUCGGUGUGUUUAUAGCUGCAGACAUGAGGCCGUAUUCAGUUGUGCAAAACGAGGGCUUUAAAAACAUGCUGAAAGUGCUUGAGCCACGUUACGACAUCCCAUCGCGCACACACUUCAUCUUUGGUUCAUUGUUACAUUUUAAAGGAAGGAGAUGUGCCUGUAUAUUGUACUUUAAGUUGUUUUUCAUUAAUAAUUAUGUUAAAAAGAAGAUAUUAUGCCCUGUGCACUACUUUUAUAUAUUUUAUUUGUCUUGUUUUUUUUUCUUUUUGCUGAUCCGAAAAAUGAUCCGAUCCGUGACUCUUGAUCCGAGGAACGAUCCGAUCCGUGAGUUUUGUGAUCCGUUGCACCACUAUCAGAAAGUGUCAGACCCCUCACAUGAAUUAUUCAGCCCCAGUAGUCAAACAUAAGCUCACCACUGGAGUUUUAGAGUUGCGUCUAGGGGGUUGUUGGUUUGGUGUUACUUUAAAUUGAAGAAAAGUACUUUUAUAAGAUAGAUGCAUGGGACUAGUCUUUGGGGUGCAGAGGUUUAGUCUAAAUAAAAAAAAAAAAGGAUAUAAGAUCUUAGUGAUACUUCAAUGUUAGAAAUUUAUUAUAAUUGAAGACAGAAAAGGAAAAUAAAUGGUGUUUCUCCAUUUGUGCGCACACAUGAGGUAAGUGCCAUCCCUGCAUGAGUUAGCACCCUCAUUGGGCCACCCCAGUUAAAAAAAUGAAGGAUCUGCCCUUGAAUAACUUUGCAAACAAAGGUUUCUGUACUGUCUGCAAAUUGUGAGCAUAGUGCAUUAAAACCUCACCCUUUAAAUGAUGAAACAACGGGCUGUACUGAAGAUCUGGAACUGUAGUUGUGCAAAUGUGUCAGAGUCUGAUUAUAGAUGUUCUUGUUGCUCUGCUGAUGAACUGUCAGAUUUGGUAAAUGUGCAGAGUCUGAAGUCAGCAGCAACAGCAGCCGCUCACUGUGCAUCGUAGAGAGAGGACGUGUAAAUAUCAUCUCUAACAAGACCACUUACGUAAAGAGAGAGCCGCGGAGAGCAGAAGAAGGAUUCCCCUCACCCACUCAGGAAGGGGACAGCAGCAGCGUUUUCAUGCUGACUCAGUCAAAGACAACAACAACAACAGCGUCCUCCUCCUCCGCUGUGCUGUUAUGUAUCUGUGUUUGAGCGGGGACAUUAGGGCUGAGCAGCUUGAGAGUCACCGGUGAUUGUUUAGGCGUGGGUGAUGAUGACACUGAUCUCAUGAUAUUUUGCCUUUUGUUCUCUUACUCCAGGUCUCCACUGCAGUCCUGUGGAAAUGUAAAACAGGGGCGGAAAUUGGAGGUUGACUGUAAUCCUCCGGAUAUCCACACAGCGCUGGAGUGAAUUCAGACACUAUAGACAGGAAAUAACAAUGACAACAUGGACAACAGAGAAAGUGAAAGUAACACCUUUACACACAUUAUCCAUCUGUGUUUCUUCCUGCUGUGGAAAAAGUAACUCCUUCAAAUUUUAGCCUCUCACUUUUACAAAAAACACUCAAGUUUGCGUGUAAAAAUGCCUCAAAUGUAAAGCUCAACACUGCUUUUUGCGAUUUCUCCUAAAUUUAAAUCCCUUUGAUAAACUUAAAGGUGGAUCCUGUUCCUCCAUUUUCGUCAGUUUCUCAGGCGAUGAUGUUAUGUAAAUUACAAAAACAGAGUGAGGGGAUUAAAGUUGAAAAAAAUAGAGACUGUUUCUUUGAAAGUGUAAUCCUUUUUUAACCACCGUUAAAUCAAUUCCUGGAGCAAACUCUAUAUUGUCCUCCUCAAAUUUGAAAUCAAAGAGCAGUUCCUUAUUUUCAAUACAUGAAAUGCAGCAGA